AUGGUAUUCUCAAGCCUUGAUGAUUGUUAUUCAAUAUAUGUUAAGUAUGCCAAGGAGUGUAGGUUUUCAUUCAGGAAAGGGACUACAAAGACAAACUCUAAAGAUGUCUUACAUAUUAAGUAUUUCUUGUGUACGAGAGCUGGGGUACAUAAGGACAAGAAGGUUGAUACGUUCGACCCCAAUCAAAAGGAGCGAGUAGUGCGAUCUAACUUUUCAAAGAGGAUUGAUUGUGGGACACUGCUAUGUGUACUUUUUGAGGAUGCAUCAUGGAAGGUGUAUAAGUUUGUCGAGGAGCACAAUCAUGAACUUGUUGAACGUCCUGAUAAGCAUUUUCUUCCAACUGAACGACACCUCACUCAGCUCCAGAAGCAUGUUAUACAUAGCAUGUCUAAGUUGAAUUUGGGUCCUGUCAAGGUGUUUAAUGUUAUGAAGACUUGUUUUGACGGUUUUGAAGACGUGGGUGCAAGCAAAGUUAAAUUUAAGAACUAUAAGAGGCAAAUUAACUUGUUCAUAGGGGAAUAUGACGCCGAUAUGGUUGUGAAACAUUUGACUGAAAAAAAAAAUUCCCAGCCUAAUUUCUCGUAUGAUUACAUCACAGACGAAGAGAAUCGUUUGAAGGGUCUUUUUUGGUGUGACGAUCAAGCCAAACGUAAUUACCACGUGUUUGGUGAUGUGAUUUCGUUUGAUGCCACAUACUCUAUGGUGUUUGUACCGUUCACUGGUAUAGACAAUCAUCACUGCAAUGUUACAUUUGGUACAACAUUGUUGGCGUCGGAAACUGCUGAUACGUAUAUUUGGUUGUUAAUAGUUUUUCUAAAAGCUGUUGGUUCUCAACCACAAGUUGUUGUCACUGACCAAGAUCCAGCGAUGAAGAAGGCUAUUUCUGUUGUAUUUGUUGACACGAGGCAUCGGUUAUGCAUGUGGCAUGUGAUGCAUAAACUUUCUCUGAAGGUUGGUGUUAGGCUAUGCAAUUCCACCAAUUUUAAAGAACGUAUUUGUGGUGUUGUGUGGACGGAUAUUCUCACACCUGAAGAGUUUGAAUCAGAAUGGGAAGCGGUUAUCGCAGAAUUCAAUUUAGAAGAUAAUGACUGGCUAUCUGAUAUUUUUGCACUUAGGGAAUCUUGGAUCCCUGGAUACUAUAGAAUGGAGCAUAUGUCUGGUCUUAUGUGA